AUCUCUCUCUUUCUCUCGGGUUAGGGUUCGGGUCAUCUCCAUGGCUGGCGCCGGCAUCCACCCGUUUCACCAACAGUGGCCGCCCGCGGCGGCGGUGCUAGCACCUCCCGCCGUCCCGCCGCCUCCUCCUGUUCCCGGUGCACCAGACGCCACCGCCCGCCCCGGCUCUGACGAGGUCCGCACCAUCUUCAUCACGGGGCUCCCCGUCGACGUUAAGGAGCGGGAGCUGCAGAACCUGCUGCGCUGGCUCCCGGGCUUCGAGGCCUCCCAGAUCAACUUCAAGGGAGACCAACCCAUGGGGUUCGCGCUAUUCUCCUACGCAGACCACGCCAUCGCCGCAAAGGCCGCGCUGCAGGAUCUGGUCUUUGAUGCGGAGACCAAUUCGAAGCUGCACAUCGAGAUGGCCAAGAAGAAUCUAUUCAUCAAAAGAGGUGUGGGAGCUGAUGCAAAUCCUAUGGACCAAAGCAAACGCUUGCGAACUGGUGGAGAUUACACCCAUUCUCCGUAUGCUCCUCCUCCAUUUCACCCACCCCCACCAGCUGUUUCCAUGUGGGGGACUGCAGGUUAUAUUGCAGCACCGCCUCCUUAUAAUCCAUAUGCUGCCUAUCCAGUGCCGCCAGUACCAAUGACUUCACCUUCUCCUGUGCCACCAACAGCAUAUGCUCCGGUGCAGAACACCAAAGAUAACCCUCCCUGCAAUACACUUUUCAUUGGAAAUCUUGGUGAAACUGUUGUUGAAGAGGAAUUGAGGGGCCUGUUCUGCUUGCAACCUGGUUUCAAACAAAUGAAAGUGUUGCGUCAAGACAGAAACACUGUCUGCUUUAUUGAAUUUGAAGAUGUGGGUUCUGCUUCUGCUGUACAUCAUACUUUGCAGGGUGCUGUUAUUCCUAGUUCUGGUCGCGGUGGAAUGCGAAUUCAGUUUUCGAAAAAUCCCUUUGGACGAAGGAAGGAUUUAGUCAGUGGCAGUGGCAUGGUUGGCACGCUGAACGGAGCUCCUGCUUGAUGGGGAUGUAUCUUGAACUUUAGCAUGGCAUCUUGAAUUAUCAUCUGCAUGUUUCUGCUAAAUGUUCUGUUCCCAUCAUGUGUGACAUCAGCAUCUUCAUUACCUGGAGUUUCUGGGGCAUGAUCAUCAUCUUCAUUGGGUGGAGUUUCUGGGACAUGAUCAUCAUCAUCUGGUAGACAUUGCAUUGUCACCAUUGUCAUCGUUGGUGGUGUCAACUCCAUUAUAUUAGCUAUUGUGGUUUGAGGUCACUCUGAAUUGUUUCCUAGAUGUGCAUCUGGCAUCGGUCAUGAAUGUUUUGUAGUGUUACGUAGUUUUCUACCGUUCAGUACUGCAGUAACACCAUUUCAUGUGUUCAUGUCAUUACAAUGCUGUAAUAGUAUAACCGACUUGGCUUGCAAUUCAGUUCUGAGGGAUGUUUCAUAUCA